AUGGGCCCAGACAGAGUGACCGCGCGGGAGCUGUGCGAGAACGACGACCUGGCCACCAGCCUGGUGCUGGACCCCUACCUGGGCUUCCGCACGCAUAAGAUGAACGUCAGCCCUGUGCCCCCCCUGCGGCGACAGCACCACCUGCGCUCAGCGCUGGAGGCCUUCCUGAGGCAGCGGGACCUGGAGGCUGCAUACCGGGCCCUGACGCUGGGAGGCUGGAUGGCCCACUACUUCCAGAGCCGGGGCCCGCGGCAGGAGGCUGCCCUCAAGACCCACAUCUUUCGCUACCUCCGCGCCUUCCUGCCUGAGAGCGGCUUCACCAUCCUGCCCUGCACCCGCUACUCCAUGGAGAGGAACGGAGCCAAGAUCGUGUCCACGCGGGCUUGGAAGAAGAACGAGAAGCUGGAGCUGCUGGUGGGCUGCAUCGCGGAGCUGCGCGAGGCGGACGAGGGGCUGCUCCGGGCCGGCGAGAACGACUUCAGCAUCAUGUACUCCACGCGCAAGCGCAGCGCCCAGCUGUGGCUCGGGCCCGCCGCCUUCAUCAACCACGACUGCAAACCCAACUGCAAGUUUGUGCCCGCAGAUGGGAACGCGGCCUGCGUGAAGGUGCUGCGGGACAUCGAGCCCGGGGACGAGGUGACCUGCUUCUACGGUGAAGGCUUCUUUGGCGAAAAGAAUGAGCACUGUGAAUGCUACACCUGCGAGAGGAGAGGGGAGGGAGCCUUCCGCCUGAGGCCCGGGAAGCCCCUCCCGCCGCAGCCGCUGGACAAGUACCAGCUCCGCGAGACCAAGCGGCGGCUGCUGCAGAGCCGGGGCGGCCGGCUCAGCCCCUGGGCCUGCGCCCACUCGUCGCCGCUGCGCCAGAACCCGUUCUGCGCUGUCUGCCAGCCCCUGCACCCCCUGCCCUGCGGCGCCGGCUCGGAUGCCGCGCCCCUCUGGGUCCAGUGGCUACCGCAGCCCCAGCUCUGGGUGCGCCCCCGGAGGCGCAGGCGCCCCCCGGCCCGGCGGGCCCCCGCACCCCCUGUUCUCCGCGCUGCCCGCGUGUCCCUGCACCGGUGGGGGGGCUGCGGCCCCCACUGCCGCCUGCAGGCGGAGGCCCUGGUGGCCCUGGGCCCUGCCCCCCGCGCCCGCUGGACGCCCCGGCAGGACUGGCACUGGGCCCGGCGGUACGGGCUGCCUUACGUGUUGCGCGUGGACCUGAGCCGCGUGGUCCCAGCCCCGCCCCCCACCUCCUCGCCCAGCCCCGCCCCCGCCAGGCCCCCAGGCCCCCUCCCCGUCCCCAAGCAGGCCCUGGCCUUUGCCCCCUUCUCCCCACCCAAGCGCCUGCGGCUGGUGGUCAGCCACGGCUCCAUCGACCUGGACGUCAACGGCGACGGGCCCUGA